AUGGGCGACCUCGCCAACCGCAAGGUGUUCAAGGUGUUCAAUCAAGAGUUCAUCGUCGACGAGCGCUACAAUGUGACCAAGGAGCUAGGACAGGGUGCUUAUGGCAUCGUUUGUGCGGCUACCAACAACCAGACGGGCGAAGGCGUAGCCAUCAAGAAGGUCACCAACGUCUUCAGCAAGAAGAUCCUAGCAAAGCGUGCCCUGCGCGAGAUCAAGCUGCUGCAACACUUCAGAGGCAAGCCACCGCAACGUAAGAAACCCCUGAUAACAUGUCUCUACGACAUGGACAUUCCCCGCCCGGACAACUUCAACGAGUGCUACCUCUAUGAAGAGCUCAUGGAGUGCGACCUGGCAGCCAUCAUCCGCUCUGGCCAGCCACUUACCGACGCCCAUUUCCAGUCCUUCAUCUAUCAAAUUCUGUGCGGUCUGAAGUAUAUCCAUUCAGCAAACGUCCUCCAUCGCGACCUCAAACCCGGUAACCUACUCGUCAACGCCGACUGCGAGCUCAAGAUUUGUGACUUUGGUCUCGCAAGAGGUUUCUCCAUGGAUCCCGAGGAGAAUGCAGGUUACAUGACUGAAUAUGUCGCUACGCGAUGGUACAGAGCUCCCGAGAUCAUGUUGAGCUUCCAGAGCUACACGAAAGCCAUCGACGUAUGGUCAGUAGGCUGUAUUCUUGCUGAGCUUCUCGGAGGCAAGCCCUUCUUCAAAGGCCGGGAUUACGUCGACCAACUGAACCAGAUCCUGCACUAUCUCGGAACACCAAACGAAGAAACACUCUCACGUAUCGGCUCGCCUCGUGCCCAGGACUACGUUCGCAAUCUACCAUACAUGCAAAAGAUUUCGUUCCAGUCACUAUUUAGGAACGCCAAUCCGGACGCGCUCGACUUGCUCGACCGCAUGCUCGCUUUUGACCCAUCGAGCCGUAUCUCAGUCGAAGAAGCCCUGGAGCACAGGUAUCUACAAAUCUGGCACGACGCCUCCGACGAGCCUUCCUGCCCAACAACGUUUGAUUUCCAGUUUGAGGUCGUCGAGGAGAUUCCAGAGAUGAAGAAGAUGAUUUUGGACGAAGUCAGCCGCUUCCGCCAGAUGGUCCGCGUACAACCCGGUGCAGGCGCUGGGGCGAACCAGGCGCCUCAAGUCCCAAUACCCAACAACUACGACCGCGCCGGCUACGAAGACCCUAGGCCACAAGAAGCCUUCAACCAGGGUGGAUGGAACGGCAGCGACUUGGAGCGUGACCUUCAAGGCCUUGACGGUCGCAUGCGAUGA